AUGAGGUGGAAGGAGUCUCUAUGCAUCGCGAUGUUGCUGCUUGUUGCCAUGGUAACUGUUUCCAUGGCAAACGUGCACGGGAAGUUACUGGCGGUCGGCAGAGUACGAAGGGAGGCGAACGGUACCAUGACAACCAUGGCACCUACAACCGACCCCUCACUCCUGGACCCUAACGGACCCCAUGUUUGUACCAGAAGGAUCACAACGGCGUAUCGACAGGCUUACAGAAGCGUGGUGAAGAGUACGAUUGUGAACAAACGCGCCUGCUGUCCUGGGUACUUCCAAGAUGGGGACAGUUGUGAACCCUCCUGUUACAUGUGCGUCCACGGCACCUGUACUGCACCUGAUGUCUGCACCUGUGACGAUGGAUACGUGGGACAGCAAUGCCGUUGUGAUGGUCAGCACUAUGGGUCUAACUGUGAGCUGAGUUGUGAAUGUCAGAACGGAGGGACAUGUGGGGGAGAUGACAGCCAUUGUUUCUGUCCACCUGGCUACACAGGGACUCGCUGUGAGAACACAUGUCCUGAGGGUUCCUACGGCAUGUCCUGUGAUAACCAGUGUACAUGUGUGAACGGCGAUUGUUACCACAUCACAGGAGAGUGCCGAUGUAACAAUGGCUACACAGGGCCCAGGUGUGAUCAGGAAUGCGAGGACCCCAAUGGCUGUCUUGGGUGUCCGUGCCUGAAUGGAGGGACUUGUGACAGUAACGGAGCAUGUACAUGUGCUCCAGGCUUCAAGGGUGAUGUGUGUGGUGAAGCCUGUGACCCGGGUACCUACGGAGCCCACUGUGCGUCGGCCUGUCUGUGUCAUCAUGGCGGCUCCUGCGAUCCUGCAACGGGAGAGUGCAGCUGCCUGGCCGGCUACAUUGGAGACAAUUGUGAAGAGGAGUGUGCAGUAGGCAGCUAUGGUGCAGACUGUGCUCAGACAUGUAACUGUCAGAAUGAAGGGACCUGCACCAGUGGAGGACAGUGUCUCUGUACCCUGGGCUGGCAUGGCAGCAAGUGUCAGGGAAACAUUUGUCCCUACAACCCUCCUGAGUAUGAUUCUGAACACUACACGGAUGAGUUCCACUGGCCCUACUGUAUCCCAUGUCACUGUAACAAGGACAACACUGAAAGGUGUCACCCGUGGGGAGGGCACUGUGAGUGCCGUGCUGGGUGGGGAGGGGUGAACUGUGACACCAUGUGUGCGGAGGGGUUCUGGGGGAAGGGGUGCACGGACGUGUGUGACUGUGCCGGCAGCCACUGUGACCCACUGGACGGACACUGCCUCUGUCCUGCAGGAUACACCGGGAGCAAGUAUGUGGUGUACAGUAUAGAUCUUGUUUAA